AUGGAACGCUCACUCUCAUCAUCUUCCGGUGUGCAUUCCGUACCAGAGAGGACUGACUCGGCAAGCCCGCCCUGGGAGAGUCGUAGCAUUGCUCAAGUACCAUAUAUCGACUCGAAAUCCCAACCUCUUUCCGAGACGGAGCGCAGAGCACUCGGAGACCUCUGGGCAACUCGUUCUCACUCAUAUUCCCGCCAUCGACCAAGCACCAGCGAUGGACGGAAACAAGCAGCCUACGCUUGUAAGACCUCUGACGUCGACCCGUAUCCGUCGAGUGCGGUAGCCGCUCCCUACGAAUCAUUCACAUACAUCCCACCGGGUCCAGCAACGGCACCUCCUGUGCAAUCUCUAGCCCGAGUCUCCACCCCGGACGACUUCACAGGAGCAUCACCUCGGCCUUCAGAGACUACAUCAAACACUUCUUCGUCCUUCUCCGCUACUGGUUCACCACUGCCACAUCAGAUGACGCAUGCCUUACCCGGUACAAUGGCCAGUCGAAGCAGGACACCUUCCCGGACCCGGGUCAAGCCUCGCACGCGUGCGCGAAGUGCCACCAGACGUGAGACUCCCGAACAGCAUGUCAAGCUUGGCAAGCGCUUCCGGACUGUGUUCAAGGAUAUGUUCAAGCGGAAUGUGGUUGAUGAGUCGCAGUACGAGGCUCUUAAGGAUCGACACUGGACGGAGGAAGAUUGA